CCAAGCCCCGCCCGCCGCGCGGAGGCGGGGUCGCCCGCGGAGUUAAGUGCGGCCCAGGCCGGGCCACCGGCUGUCCCCCCGCCCGAUGCCAUGGACGAGGAUCGCGCCUCCGCCCGCCUGCGCGUCUUGCUGCGACACCUCGGCGGCCGCUCGGCGGGGGCCGUCAUAGCGCACCACACUUCAGGGACUGUUUCUCCUGCCGGCUUCCAUCCUCAACAAUUCCAGUAUACUCGGGAUAAUAAUAUUCUAAGCCUAGAACAGAGAAAAUUUUAUGAAGAAAAUGGAUUUCUUGUCAUUAAAAAUUUGGUGUCUGAUGCUGAUAUUCAAUAUUUUAGGGAUGAGUUUGAAAGAAUCUGCAGAAUGGAGGUGAAACCACUGGGACUGAUGGUGAUGAGAGAUGUGACCAUUGCAAAAUCAGAGUAUGUGCCAAGUGACAAAGUGAUCACCAAGGUCCAAGAUUUCCAAGAAGAUAAGGAACUCUUCAGAUACUGCACCCUCCCUGAGAUUCUGAAAUAUGUGGAGUGCUUCACCGGACCCAAUAUUAUGGCCAUGCAUACGAUGCUGAUAAACAAACCUCCAGAUUCUGGCAAGAAGACAUCCCGUCACCCCUUGCACCAGGAUCUGCACUAUUUCCCCUUCAGGCCCAGCAAUAGCAUCGUUUGUGCCUGGACAGCCAUGGAGCACAUCGACCGGGACAACGGCUGUCUGGUUGUGCUCCCAGGGACACACAGAGGCCCCUUGAAGACACACGAUUAUCCCCAGUGGGAGGGAGGGGUUAACAUCAUGUUCCACGGGAUCCAGGACUAUGACAAAAAUAAUGACCGGGUGCACCUCCUGAUGGAGAAAGGAGACACCGUUUUCUUUCAUCCUUUGCUCAUCCAUGGAUCUGGUCGGAACAAAAGUCAAGGAUUCCGGAAGGCAAUUUCCUGCCAUUUUGCGGAUGCCAACUGCCACUACAUCGAUGUGAAGGGUACCAGUCAAGAAAACAUUGGAGAGGAAGUUUUAGAGAUAGCCAGUAAAAUCCAUGGAGUGAAAGACGUCAGCCUGAAGGAUGUUUGGAGAUUUCGAGCACGCGUCGUGAAAGGAGAAAGAAUCAACCUUUGAAAUAGCCCUUCGCUCGAACUCUUUUCAAGAAAACCAGGAUGGAACAAGGUCUCAGAGGAAAACCUUUUCUCAAUGAGAUGAUGUAAUCUUUUCUAUCCACUUGUUAACAAAAUCAAAGUGCACAGAUCUGGUACUUAAUUGCAUACAGGUAAUUCUGCAGCACGGUGGCGUGGCUUUAAUGGACAUAAAAUCAGUAGAAGUGAAAUAUUACUGUUUUAAGGAAAACUUGGGGUUGCAACUAAUAAAGGUGAUGCAUAAUUGAA